AUGAGUCAUUUGAGUUUUUCUCCCUCUAAACGUUUAGCACCAUCUUCCUUUACUGCCACGGCACUUCAAAAUCAAUCCAUUAGGUUUGCAUGGGAAACACCGAAGCAAAAUUUGGGUGGACUUAAGGUAGUUAUCAAGGCUCGGAACAAUACAGAUCUACAUGAAUGGGCGACAACGGCAUCACAGGGCGCCCAGACGGGCGUCUUGGACAACUUAAAGCCUUUAACCCUAUAUAAUACUGGCGUGUCCAUACUGAAUAUGGCUGAACACGCAGAGACAAAUUGCAGCCAAGCAGAAAAAGUUGUAACUUUCCCAACUGCGCCAAAGAUAACUAUCGCUGAUUUUGGUGGCAACUGGAUCUGGGUAAAGUUUGAACCAAUGGAAGGUGCCGUUGAUUUCGAUGUCGAGUUCAAUGCUAAGGCGACGGACGGAAACGGAAUCCCAAGGGAUUGCUCCGUCAAAGCCAGCAACCAAGAGGCUGGCUGUUACAUUGAGCAACUGGAACCCUUAACCAAUUACGCAAUUACUGCUACGGCCUGCGUUGAUACGAACUGUAGCCUGGAGUCAUCUGCAGAACAUGUAACAACGCUGGACAAAGGUCCAGCAAGUGACACCACGACCUCUACGAUUGUGUCCACUGAAAAUAAACCCACUCUUGAGUAG